AACACAUCCCAGUUCUCCCUGAGGGCAGAGCGGAGUCCUGGAAAUGCUCAAUGGGCUCUAGUCUGGCGGUACCUCCUUAUAAAGGAGGCGUGAGUGUCUGGGAGUCUCUCACUCUCUGCUCCACAGAAUGACUGACACCGCUGCUGCUGCUUCUGUUCAUCAAUGAGCUAACUGGAGCUUACUGUGCACCUUCUGCUGUUCCUGCUACCUUCUUCAAGUGGGCUGCACUCAAAAAGGACACUAUAAUUUGCAGCAUUUCCAAAGGAGGUUUAACUUUGGGUCACGGAUGUGUCCCUCCUUUAAGUUGGUGCUGCUGGUCACAGCACUGACAUGUGUUUGGACGCAAGACCUUUACGAAGAGAGGAAAACUAACAAGAAAUCCAGGGCCAAACCUGUGGCAGCAAAUAUAAACAAUGGACAAGCCAUCCUGGAUGAGAACUGUAGCUUGGAGCUCUCCUUCCUGUUGGACAGCUCCGAGAGCGCCAAAGACAACCACGAGCAGGAGAAGCAGUUCUCCAUGAACAUGGUGGACAGACUGAAGGGCAUCCAGCUGCCUACCGGCCAAGGAUUGAGCUUGAGGGUGGCUCUUCUGCAGUACAGCAGCCAUGUUAUCAGAGAGCAGACCUUCAAGGACUGGAGGGGCACAGAGAACUUCAAGACCCUUAUAACUCCCAUCAUUUACAUCGGGCACGGCACCUACACCACCUACGCCAUCACCAACAUGACCAGGAUGUACCUAGAAGAAACCAGCCCCAGCAGCAUCAAAGUAGCCGUGCUGCUCACAGAUGGCAUUUCCCAUCCGAGGAACCCGGACAUCUUCUCUGCUGUUGCUGAUGCCAAGAACCAGGGCAUCAAAAUCUUCACUCUGGGCAUCACCCGGACAGCCAACGAGCCAGCCAAUGUCGCCCAGCUGCGACUACUGGCCAGCUCCCCGGCUUCCCACUUCCUCUAUAAUUUACAGGACGAAGACGUUAUUCAAAAAAUCGCCACUGAGAUUACUAGCUUGGCUGAAGAAUCAUGCCCCCUGGCUCAGAAAUGUGCUUGUGAAAAAGGAGAGAGGGGACCCAGCGGGCCUGCGGGGAAAAAAGGUCGCUCCGGAGAAGACGGAGCCCCCGGGCUUAGAGGGCAAAAGGGUGAAGCAGGACUAAGUGGUCUACCUGGAAAAGAGGGUGCUGAGGGGAAACCAGGUUACAAAGGAGAGCAGGGCGAGAGGGGUGAAUGUGGUACUCCAGGAAUCAAAGGAGACAGGGGCCCUGAGGGACCAGUUGGAACAAGAGGACCUAGAGGGCUGCAGGGGUUACCUGGACCACAUGGGGACGUUGGACCAGAGGGCCAUCAGGGAAAGCAGGGUGAACGUGGCAUAUCUGGCCCUCCGGGAAUUCAGGGGGAAACUGGCAUUGGCCUUGCUGGACCAAAGGGUGAUAUGGGAUUCCAGGGUCGAGCAGGUCCUCCCGGCCCCCGUGGAGUGGGCGAACACGGCCCUCCUGGACCUCAAGGACCACAAGGUGUUCAAGGGGAAAGAGGACCCCAAGGCGAGGGGCUUCCCGGACCAAAGGGGGAACGGGGGCUCGGCGGACCGAGGGGACCAAGGGGACAGCAGGGUGCAGGAAUCAAAGGAGAACGGGGUGAUAUGGGGCCUCUAGGUUUUCCAGGGCCAACUGGACUGACAGGAGCGGGCAUACAAGGAGAGAAGGGAGUCGAGGGUCCAAAGGGUCCACCAGGUGGCAGAGGAAAUCGGGGAGAAGGUUUACCUGGACCUAAGGGAGAUCAAGGUUUACCAGGAGAGCAGGGGUCCACAGGAGAGAGAGGCCUUGGGGAGCCAGGUUCAAAGGGGGAUCCUGGAUCAGCGGGUUUGGGGGGCCUGCCUGGUCUUCCAGGAGAGGACGGGGCUCCAGGGCAGAAGGGGGAAGGUAGUUUACCUGGUCUAAGAGGUGCUGAGGGAGCACAAGGAAUUGGCAUUCAAGGAGAGAAGGGUGACCAGGGUCUGAGGGGCAUCCGAGGGUUACAUGGACCUCCUGGGAUAUCAGGACCAUCUGGACCAAAGGGUGAACGUGGUUUGUCAGGCCAGCAGGGCAUGCCGGGACAGCCAGGACGGUCCAUAUCAGGUCCAAAGGGUGAUGUAGGAACUGCUGGUCCCUCUGGUCCUGUUGGAGAAACAGGCCAUGGAUUACCUGGUCCAAAGGGUGAUCGUGGUCAUCUGGGUCCAUUAGGGCCAGUUGGACCAAAAGGUGAAGGCUUCCCCGGACCUGUGGGUCCUCCAGGCCUGCCAGGAUUACAGGGCGAGCAAGGCCCAGAAGGAGUAGGAAUCCCUGGUCCCAAGGGUGAUGUUGGCUUUCGAGGAUUGCCAGGUUUGCCCGGGCCAACUGGAGAGGGCUUACAGGGGCUGCCUGGUAAUGUUGGGAGGGCAGGGCCUGCUGGUCCAUCUGGUCCUGCAGGAGAAGGUAUUCAAGGCCCAAAGGGUGAUGCAGGAUCUCAGGGUAUGACUGGGCCAAGAGGUCCUCAUGGAGAUGGAUUUCCUGGAUCCAAGGGUGAUCGUGGAUCACAGGGUGAGAGGGGCACGAAGGGUACAAAAGGAGAAUUGGGAGAUGAAGGAGUCCCUGGUGAACUAGGAAAGCCUGGAGUUAAAGGAGACCAAGGACUCACAAGAGAAGACAUUUUGAAGCUGAUCAAAGAAAUCUGCGGAUGUGGCAUCAAGUGCAAGGAAAGGCCGAUGGAGUUGGUGUUCGUCAUCGACAGCUCGGAGAGUGUCGGCCCCGAGAACUUUGAAAUCAUUAAGGACUUUGUCACCAGGUUGGUUGACCGGACCACAGUCGGACGUAAUGCCACCAGGAUCGGACUGGUCCUCUACAGUCUGGAUGUUCAUUUGGAGUUCAAUUUGGUUCGCUACAUGAGCAAACAGGAAGUUAAACAGGCCAUCAGAAAGAUCUCUUACAUGGGUGAGGGCACCUACACUGGCACCGCCAUCAGAAAGGCGACUCAGGAGGCGUUCUUCAGCGCUCGGCCUGGAGUCAGGAAAGUAGCCAUCGUCAUCACCGAUGGUCAAACUGACAACCGAGAGCCAGUCAAACUUGACAUAGCUGUGAGGGAAGCUCACGCCGCAAACAUCGAGAUGUACGCCCUGGGGAUCGUCAACUCUUCUGAUCCCACGCAGGCUGAGUUCCUGCAAGAACUCAACCUCAUUGCCUCUGACCCCGACAGCGAACACAUGUACCUUAUUGAUGACUUCAACACUCUACCAGCACUGGAGUCUAAACUCGUCAGCCAGUUCUGUGAAGAUGAAAAUGGCGCCCUCAUUUACAAUCGUUUAACAAAUGGAAACUGGAACAAUGGCCAUGGUACUAAUGGACAUGUAGAGAACAACAAUGGAUAUAAUGGUAAUAAUGGUUACGUUGUAUAUAAUAAUGGAUAUGGGGACACUGGAAAAGCUAAAGAUAACCAAGAGGAGAAUCCAAGUUCGGGGCGCACCAGCAGCCGAGGCCGUGGAGACACCUUCACGCUGCCCAUCAGCGCUGAUCCCCUCCCAAUCCAGGAGCUGGAAGAUGAUGAAGGUGAAGAUUUAGACUUCAGAGCCCAGACGCGGGGCGCUAACACGGUAGCAACCGUAGCUGUAGUUAACAAAACAACAUCUUUAUCGCCUGUAAGAGAAAGCUCCGACUUCAAUGAGGCCGUCAUAUCUCGUCUGAUCUCAACUUUAGAUUUAAGCUCUAACCAGUUGCAGCCAGUGGUGAGUCCAGUCCUGCCUGAAGAGGCCCCUGCUCAGGACCCUCGCUGUAACCUCACCUUAGAACAAGGCACCUGCAGAGACUACACCAUACACUGGUACUAUGACAUGCAGGCCAACGCCUGCGCACAGUUCUGGUACGGAGGCUGCGGUGGAAAUGACAACCGUUAUGAAACAGAAGAUGAAUGCAAGAAGACUUGCGUUCUAAACAAAACAGCAGGAUAAUAGGAGAAGCCAUCAGAAAAUCGACUUGAUUACUUUACUAUUUGUUAUUUUAAUGUGAUGAAUUCUGUCAGUUGGGUUCAGAAAAUUAUUUCAUGCACUUUUUGUAACACUUUUGUCUUCACACACAAAUGCAUAUAACAAAUAAAAUAGCAAGACAGAAUUAAAAAGCCAAUUGAAUCCAUCCAUCCAUCCAUCUUCUUCCGCUUAUCCGUGGUCGGGUCGCGGGGGUAGCAGUUCCAGCAGAGAGCCCCAAACUUUCUUUUCCCUGGCGACAUCAACCAGCUCUGACUGGGGGAUCCCAAGGCGCUCCCAGGCCAGCGAAGAGAUAUAAUCCCUCCACCUGGUCCUAGGUCUACCCCUUGGUCUCUUCCCAGCUGGACGUGCCUGGAACACCUCCCUAGGGAGGCGCCCAGGUGGCAUCCUAACUAGGUGCCCGAACCACCUCAACUGGCUCCUUUCGACGCGAAGGAGGAGCGGCUCAACUCCGAGUCCCUCCCUGAUGACCGAACUUCUCACCUUAUCCCUAAGGGAGACACCAGCCACCCUGCGGAGAAAACCCAUCUCGGCCGCUUGUAUCCGCGAUCUCGUUCUUUCGGUCAUGACCCAUCCUUCAUGACCAUAGGUGAAUCAAAUCCUAAAAUAAAUGUUGACAUGUUGCUGUUUCAAACCAAAGAUAACUGACUGACUUCACUAAGAUUCACUUCUACAAAACUUUAUUACCUCAAAUUGUAUUGUUCUCUACAGACCGGAAUGAAUCCUUUAUUUAGGGUUUGUCUGUCCUCGUUUUAUUUAACAACCUACAUUCAUUUUGUUAUAAUUGAGAAAUGUACCUUUAGAUCAUUCUUAUACCACUAUGAGCCACUUGCUUUACAUUGUGUUUAUAUUAUUUACCAGAAAACGCUGGGUACUUGUGUGUGUGUUCUUUUUGUUGCUGUUACAAUCUUCUCGUUCGAGUUUUCCGGCAGCUGUAACAGACGGCCAUUUCUGUCUACUGCAAUCGUCAUCUUGUGAUGAAGAUUGAGGAUUUCUGCACAUAUCGAAUUAAAGGGCAGUUUGUGUGUGUAUCUGAAUAAAUGGGUUAUAUGUUUUUAAUAAAAAAAGUAAAAUAAU